UUGACGCAGCAGAGUUGUGCAGUGGCGAUGUCGCUGUGGCUGCUGCUCGUGUGGGUGGCUGGGGUGGUGGUGAACACGCGUCUGGGAUCUGCUAGCCCCUUCAGAGAGGAGAAUGAGGUCGAGCUGCGAGAAGGUGGUCAAUUGUCCCACGUGCUGUCGAAACGACACAGAAGCGGGGACACGGGCGGGGCACCGUGCGUGUUCCCCUACAUUUACGGCGGACGCAACUACGACUCGUGCACGUUGGACGGGCGCAGCGAUAACCGCUGGUGGUGCGCCACCACUGCCAACUACAACACCGACGGCUCCUACGGCUACUGCUCCUUCCACGCUCUGCCAACAACCCUGGGGAACGACGGAGGAACGGCGUGCGUGUUCCCGUUCAUCUACAAUGGAAAAACGUACAAAACGUGCACGCUGGACGGGCGAACUGAUGGGCGCUGGUGGUGCGCCCACACCGGCAACUACGACACCGACAGAAAAUACGGCUUCUGCACAACAGCUGGCAUCGUUGGCUUGAGCAGUUCGGAAUCACGGGCAACGGGGCCGACCCCGCUGUGCGUCUUCCCCUUCGUGUACGCGAAGCUGAGCUACAAUGGGUGCACACAGGCCGGCCGCGACGACGGCCGCUGGUGGUGCUCCACCACCGCCAACUACGACGACGACCGGAGAUGGGCCUACUGCUCCAACAAAGCCAUGAUGACGUCGGGCGGCAACGGGGGCAGCGCCAACUGCAUGUUCCCAUUCCUCUACGGCGACAAGCCGGUGUACGAGUGCACGCUGAUGGGGCGCACCGACGCGCAUCUCUGGUGCGCCACGACGGCAAACUACAACACCGACAAGAAAUACGGAUUCUGCGGCCGCGCGGGCGGCUACUCGGAGGAGCCGUCAUGCAUCUUCCCGUUCGUCUACAAGGGGCAGAGUUACAGCGGCUGCACUCAGGACGGCCGCACCGACGGCAAGUGGUGGUGCUCCACCACCGCCAACUACGACAGCGACAAGAAGUGGAUCGUCUGCCCCGUCGCGGUGGCAACAGCUGUGCCAACUGUCGCCCCAACCGCCACCGUUCAGCCCAAGGUCGUCGUCCCGGCGGCCGCAGGGAACCGCGAGGUGGACUUGGUGUUCGUGGUGGACGGCUCGGCAGGCGUGUCAGCGGCCAACUUCGCGUUGCUGCGCCAGGCGCUCGCGCGCAUCGUGGCCGGCAUGGACGUGCGCGCCGAGGCCACGCGUGUCGCCGUGGUGACGGUGGGGGGCGCGCCCAGGCUCGGCGUCGGCCUCAACUCUUUUGGCGACAAGGCGCAGCUCGUGGCGGCCAUCGAGCGGCUCGGCCACCCGGGUGGCGCUCGCAACCUGGGUCACGCGCUGCAGUUCCUGGUCAGCGACGUCCUGCGUCCGGACAAGGGCUCACGCAUCCAGCAGGGAGUCCCUGCAGGUGCGCACGGCGCGCUGCAACCAACCCGAUGA